UAUGAUGUUUAGUUAGGUGUGAUGUGUGAUAUACAAUCUCAUGGUCUGGCAAGGAAAUAACAGUAUCUGUCCUGAAGUUAAAGUAUAUUUAAACUGGAAGACAUUAACCUGAAGCUUUGAAAAUGACAUCCACAAUCUCAGAUAUUGACCUUAAAAGAAAAGCAUCUGAUGUAGAACUUCUUGAAGUUGAUAGUGAACCUCAAAAAAAACUAUAUCAAAGCCCUGCUGAUGUUAAAUGUAGGCAAGGCUUAAACAACAGCAAUGAAGAUGACAGCAAUUAUUUUAGUUCCUAUGCUCGCUUGUCUAUCCAUCGGGAUAUGAUAGGGGAUUAUGAGAGGACGAGCUGUUACAGACAAGCUAUUCUAAGUAAUUACAAGCUGUUUUACAAGAAAGUUGUAGCUGAUGUUGGUGCUGGAACUGGCAUACUUAGUGUUUUUUGUGCUCAAGCUGGUGCAAAAAAAGUAUAUGCUAUUGAGGGUAGUUGUGUGGCAGCAGUAGCCAGAGAAGUAAUUAAAGCUAAUGGAUUGGAAGAGAAAAUUGUAGUAGUUCAGGGAAAAGUAGAGGAGGUAUCACUUCCUGAAAAGGUGGACAUAAUAGUCAGUGAAUGGAUGGGAUACAUGCUGCUGUAUGAAACAAUGCUCCCCUCAGUCCUUCAUGCCAGAGACAACUGGUUAAAACAGGGUGGGUAUGUGUUUCCAGAGAAGGCAUGUCUUUACCUUGCCCCCUUGAGUGAUCAUGAGGAGUAUGAAGAAAGUGUAGAAUUCUGGCAUAAAGUUGAAGAUACGUACAAGGUGGAUAUGUCAGUAGUAGCUAAGACAGCUGUCCAGGAGAGAAAUGGUAGGUACAACUUGAGUUUAGUUCAUAUAUGUAAGUGGCUCAAGAAAGAACUGGUGAUACUAAAAAGUUCUGUUGGUGGUUUGUCAGAUCAUGCAAGUUGUACUGGUGGUAAUCUGUCUAGACAUGCAAGUUGUACUGGUGGUAAUCUGUCAGGUCAUGCAAUAUGUACUGGUGGUAAUCUAUCAGGUCAUGCAAUUUGUACUGGUGGUAUUCUGUCAGGUAAUGCAAGUUGUACUGGUGAUAAUCUGUCAGGUAAUGCAAGUUGUACUGGUGGUAUUCUGUCAGGUAAUGCAAGUUGUACUGGUGGUAAUCUGUCAGGUCAUGCAAUUUGUACUGGUGGUAAUCUGUCAAGUCAUACAAGUUGUACUGGUGGUAAUCUGUCAGGUCAUACAAGUUGUACUGGUGGUAAUCUGUCAGGUCAUGCAAUUUGUACUGGUGGUAAUCUAUCAGGUCAUGCAAGUUGUACUGGUGGUAAUCUGUUAGGUCAACAUUCCUGGUUUGCAUAUUUUCAGGGUGACUUUGAAUGCAAGUGUUUUGGUUACAACUUCAUCCAUGGGUUUGUAGUGUGGUUUACAGUACAGUUUCCUGGGGGAUUAGUCUUGUCAACUUCACCAUACCAAAGUGAAACUCACUGGGGUCACAGCAUUCUCCGUAUUCCACAGACGGAUGUCAAACAAGACACCAUAUUAAAGGGAUCGUUAAUAAUCCAGCCAAAUCAACAGUUUCGUAGAUUCUUGGAUGUCAAACUAAACUACCAAAAGGAUGAAAGCAUCGCUCAUUCUCUUGUUUUUAAAAUGGAUGAUCUACCAUAAAGAAUGUGUGAAUAUUGUUGUAAAUAUGUAAAAACAAUGAUGCAUAAAGCAAGUGUGAAUAUUGUUGUAAAUAUAUGUAAAAACAAUGACUGAUAAAAGUAAUCCACUGAAAAAGUA